AACUUCCGGUUGUAAUAUUAUUGCGCACGUGUUUGUAAAAGGUCAAAAUAAAAUUUUAUCAAGUUUUUCUAUAAUUUUUACGCUAUCUAUUAUCCAUUUAAUUUCAAAACAUGUAAUGUAGGAAUUUUCUUGUAAUGAAAAUUUGGACUAUUUUUUGUGAUCAAUUGUGAAACGGAAGUUGCUAUUCGCUCUCAAUGUUGACAGCUGCUAGGCAAUGAAUUUAUAACGUGGUAUCAUUUUUUACAGCAUAUUUCACAAAAUGCAGAAUUGUUAUAGUUCCAAUCGUGUUCCGAGAGAACAAAUGCAUGAUCAAGAUGAACGAUUGACAAAAAAGCACAUUGAAACCCUUGGGUUUGUUAAGGAAAUAGCAGAAGAAAACAAAGUAUUAAAGCAGAAAAUUGAAGAGUUCGAGCUGAAGACAUUAAAAUGUGCAGAGUUGCAUGCACUUGCCGAGGAGAGCCAGGAGAGGAUAAAAAAAAUUCAGGAGCAGUACCUAAAGAGAGCAGAUGAGAUCAAUGCCAUGAUGGCUGAAAAACAUAAAAAUGAGAUGAUGUAUGCAAUUGAGGAAAAAUUAGACAUGGAAAAGAAAAAUAAUGAUGAAAUUGCCAAACUGAAGGCUCGAAUUCAAGAAUUGGAAAAAACAAACAGAGAACUUUUAAGUAGAUUGAAUAUGCUGUCAGAUUCUGAUGAAAAAGUCAAUACACUGAAGAUGAAACUAGAUCAAGAAUUGAGAGUUUCAAGAAACCUGCAGACUGAAAAUGAAACUCUGAAGGAAGCAAUAGACGCCUUAGAACAGAAGAACCUCUACCUCGUAAACCAAGGUGAGUCUGAACAACUUUCCAGGAGAAAUAAGGAACUGAAACAAGAAGUUCAAGAAUUAGUUCAAAAGAAUACAGAACUGAACUACCGUAUCAGUCAUUUAGAACGCGAGGUCAGUGACAGUAGAAUGGAGGAGGAAAAAGUCAAACUUAUUGAGAAUCUAAAAGUGAAAAUUACACAGAUGCAGACCGAAAGAGGGAUUGCCAGUGAGAGAGAACGACAUUUUGAGAAAAUUAUCAAACAACUCCAGAAUGAAGUAGAGACAUCAAAAGAACAGCUGGUGCAGACAGCAUUGUCAAAGCACAAACUCUUUGAAGAAUAUCAAAAAGUUUUAAAGGAGUUAGAAAAACUGAGAAAACAGUACGCAGUUGAUAGUCAUCAGAAGACAUUUAAAGACUUUGUUCAACUGAAGAGGGAGCUGAACACAGUGAAAAAUGAAAAUCAGGACCUUAAACAGAAAGCAAAAGGGCCAGGCAGCCUGCCCACACUCAAAGACGAAGCUAUCAGUAGUAAAAACAAUGGACAUAGGCCUUCCUCACUGAAGGCUAUAAACAAUGGACAUAGGCCUUCCUCACUGAAGGCUAUAACCAAUGGACGAAGGUGAUGACUCUAAAAUGUAUUGUCGAUGUCACUAUCCGAGCAUCUGAUGGGUAUUGGAUCUUCAUUUCUGUAGAUUCAUGAUUUCUCUAAUUGUCAGUUCUAGUAUAACCAGAAUGAUGUGUGAAAUUUUGCAUGCACGAUGUCACCAGCAGUGAUGAAAAGUCAAAAAAGGGGCCACUUAACGUAGUUCCACCCUCCUGUAACAUCAUAAGAUUUCGCAAAGUCAAUGAUUAUUAUGAUUUAUGUAUGACAGGAACAUAAAUUUUGUUGGAGUCUUUUUCAAUACUUAUUGUAAAAAAUCUUGUUAACCAUAAAAUAUUUCAAAAAUCUAAGUUAUAAAUGAAUAAUCUAUUAUAUGUUUUAAAAUAUUGAAUCCAAGGGCAAUAACUCUGUUUUCAUUAAAUUAUUUAUCAAGUCUAUUAUGUGAUAGAUUUCCUUUACUUUUUACAAACAUUUUGUAUAUUUUUUUAAAGAAACAGUCUCAUGAAAUUGUUAUGAAUACUAAUAUAUUGGUUUAACCAGUUUUUGUGAAAUUAGGUUGAUCGCGAUCCUCAUGUGAUGUCAUAGGUUUUUGCAAAAUCUUCAUUUAAUUAAAUUUUGCGCAUGAUAGAAAUGUAUCUUUUAGAGGAAUUUCAUUCACUGAAUAAAAUUAAAAAUUUGGUAAACUUUUGAUACUGAAAAAGUUUUUAUUUUCCAUAGAUAAUCAAUUAUUUAUAAUUUUAAAAAUGUUGUCAAGGGCAAUAACUCCUAUGCUCGAAUUUCCUCUACUGCAUGUGUAUGACACAAUGAUUUCCCUAAUAUCCACAAUUGAUUUUUAUAUAUCUAUGAAUUAGCAGUUUUCUUAAACUGUUGACAUUUAAAAUUUGUCAUUUCAGCAAGUUUUUAUUAAUUUUCAUUAUUCUGUUUAACGAAAAUGUGUGAUUUUUUAAUGUUGAUAUAUAUAUAUCUGUUUUUGAAUGUCUGACAUCUUUAUAAAGGUGGCAACAUACACAUUUUCUUUGGUUAUUGAUUAAAUUAAACUAUAUUGAGUGGAAAUUAAUACAGUUUUUCCACUUUUAACCAUUCAUAUUGAUAAGUCACAUGAGGAUCGAUCCACCAAUUGCAAUUUGCUGAUGUUGAUAACAGGUAUAUGUCUGCUAAUUGAUAAAACUUUUAUCAAUACCG